ACAGUUUAAUUUUAAUCUUAGUCAGAUAAAAGUUAAGAGAAAAAAAAAUUAGGAAGAAAUGUUUUCUUUAUUUAAAAUAACUUUAUUUGUUUGUGCAACAAUUUGCGCUCAAACAUAUGCCGGUACAGUUAGACUUUGUGUAGAACAAGAAGCUUUAGAAAAAUGUCAAGCUUUGGGUGAUUUGUUAAAAGUUCAAAAUGCUGGUGCCGAAUUCGAAUGUGUUUCUGAUGCAAAUUGUAUUGGAUCGGUUUCUGCCGGAUCAUCUGAUGCAACAAUUGUUAAUUCUGAUGAACAUCCUGGUGCAUUAAAAACAUUAGAAGCUGUAUUAUUUGAAUCAUACGAUGAAAAUAAUUUAAUUGUUGCUCUAAUUGAUGCUGAUAAAGAAAGCAAAUUACAUGAUUUACCAUUAUCUUAUGAUAAUAAAGAUGAUCUUCGAUUAUUACAUUCAGCUCUCUAUAUUAAUCAUCAUAGAAAUGAUGGUAAAUGCCAAAAAGUAAUUCGUCCAGGUGAAGGUGAUUCAAUCCGUUUGGAAAGAUAUCAUGAACUUAAAGAUACAGAAAAUAAAAAACUUGUAUGCAUCGAUGAAGGAAAAUUAGUUGUUAAACCAAUUAGUGAAUUCAAAAAUUGUCAUGUAGAAAGUAAUAUUCCCAAUGCUGUUAUGAUUAAAAAAGGUGCUGAAACCAAAGAAGAAAUAACACAAGCAUUCUUAACUGCAGCAAAUAAAGCUGGACAUGGUCGUCAAUUCCAAUUAUUUGGCCCAUUCAAAGGAACUAAAGACUUAAUUUUCAGUGAUGAAACCAAAGCAUUAGUACCAGUCCAUUCUGAACCAAAUGGAAUUUCUGUUGAUAAAUUCCUCGAUUUACAUUGUGGUAAUAUUGAAAAUCAUCAUCACGCCCAUGAUCAUGAACAUGCUCAUGACCAUGCUCAUGAUCAUGAUCACGAUCAUGGACACGAUCAUGAUCAUGAACACGAUCACGAACACGAUCAUGAUUAUGAACAUUAUGGACAUUAAAAAAAGGAAAAUAACUUGCACUAAGAUUAUAUUUUAAAUUUGUAUAUAUUUUAAGAAUGACUCGAUAUUUUAUUGAAUAAAUUGUUAAUUACUUUAGUCAGAAA